UGGUACCGUCUGACCCAGACUUCUCCCUGUGGACCGGCUGGAGGGGACCUGGAUCAGUGCAGCGCUCUGUGGACUCCUAUUGGCUGCUGACUGAGGAGCCGGUACAUCACAUGACGUAGUCAGAGACACGGACCGGCCCAGCAGAGAGGUUCUGACUCCAUCAGACUGUCUGAUGCUAAAAGUGACUUCCUGCUAAAUGUGUGUCAGAAACACUGACAGACAGCAACGAGGAAGGAGGAGCGUCGACUUGGUCUGACUGCUACAUGCUGCUGAGCUCAGAUGACCAGGACUCAACAUGGAGGAAUCAUGUCUGCUGUGGCUGCUCGUUGUGACGUCACUGCUGAGCGGCUGCACACACCAAGCCUCUCUGAACAUCAGUCCUAACAGAACUCAGAUGUUUGAAUAUGAGUCCGUCUCUCUGAGGUGUGAGGAGGACGACAGCUCUGAUGGAUGGACGGUGACGAGGAACACGACUAGAGGAACCAGGAGACAGUGUGAAGCUGGCUGGGGAAGAAAAGAUGGUUCUUCCUGCACCAUCAGCUCCAUGAGGAAAUGGGACAGUGGAGUUUACUGGUGUGAGUCCACAGGCGGAGCAGCCAGUAGCAGCAUCACCAUCACUGUCACUGGUGGAGCAGUGAUCCUGCAGAGUCCUGUCCACCCUGUGAUGGAGGGAGAUGAUGUCACUCUCACCUGUACAACACAGACCUCCAUCCUCUCAGCUGGUUUCUAUAAAGAUGACUCCGUCUUCAGGACUGAGCCUACAGGUCACAUGACCAUCCACCAUGUUUCCAGGUCUGAUGAAGGAUUCUACAAGUGUAACACCAGCAGUGAUGGAGAGUCUCCACCCAGCUGGAUCACUGUCACAGGUCAGGAGGUUCAACUGAAGUCUACAAUACAAAUGUCAGCAGAGACAGAGACAGCCUGUCUCCAGAGUCACUGUUGGCAUCCAAUGUUCAACAUUUCUAUGUUUCAUAUGUAGCAGAUAAAACUUUACAUGUCUUUAUGUUUUAAAGUAGUUUUUUCUUUAAUACCACAGCUGGAAAACCUGGACACCUUGUUAAAGUCUAAUAUUGAACCAUCAUUUGAUUUCUUCUCCUCUAUAUAAAGUUUGUGGGUCUCAGGCUGACAUAGAACAAGAGGAACAGACCAGACAGGAGCAAGUUCACUUUCUUAGUUUGAUCUGGUUUCUCUCUGCAGUGAAAUGACUCAAUGAAUUCAUUUGAUUUCUGUGUUGUUGAUGAGAAUCUUUGUUCAUUUUUGAGAAACCUGCUCCACCAUCUUCUCCUUGUCCUGAACCUGCGAUGUUGACUGUUGUUCUGGCCAUUCUGCUGGGUGUUGUGGUUUUUCUGGUUGUACCGGCUCUUCUGGUUCUACUGGUGAAACGACACAUCAGGAAACCUA